GUUUACUGUAACGUUACUUGUAACGGCUCGUUCUUCAAUCAUACAAAAUGAAUGGACCAUCUCCUUUGAACCUAUAUGUACCUUAUCAGUGACCAAGUUAUCAUUCGUAUCUAAUCGCCGGACUGUUUGUUUUUAGUUACAUUCUAAUUCUUAACUGAAAUCAAAGCAAUGAGUUCAGAAGGUGAUAAGUAUUCUAUUUUAUUGCCAACUUAUAAUGAAAGGGAAAAUCUUCCUAUAAUCAUCUGGCUAAUUGAUCAGUACUUAAGGAAGAAAGAUUAUAAUUUUGAAAUUAUUAUCAUCGAUGAUGGCAGUCCAGAUGGAACUCUAGAAGUUGCAAAGGAACUUCAAAAAAUAUAUGGCGAGGAUGUAAUAUUGCUUAGACCAAGAGAAAAGAAACUAGGUCUUGGAACAGCUUAUGUGCAUGGGAUUAAACAUGCCUCUGGAAAUUUUAUCAUUAUUAUGGAUUCUGACUUAUCCCACCAUCCCAAAUUCAUCCCCAAGUUUAUUGAAAAGCAAAAAGAAGGCAAUUUCGAUGUUAUUUCUGGUUCAAGAUAUAUCAAUGGAGGUGGUGUAUCUGGUUGGGAUUUCAAACGGAAACUUGUUAGUAGAGGUGCUAAUUUCUUAACCCAACUGCUCUUGAGACCUGGUGCAUCAGAUUUAACUGGAAGUUUCAGAUUAUAUAAAAAGGAUGUUUUGGAAAAGUUGAUUAGCUCAUGUAUUUCAAAAGGCUACGUAUUUCAAAUGGAAAUGAUAAUACGUGCAAGGCAGUUUAAUUAUACAAUUGGAGAGGUUCCAAUUACAUUUGUUGAUCGAGUUUAUGGAGAAAGUAAACUGGGCGGCUCUGAAAUAGUGCAGUUUGCAAAAGGUUUAUUCUAUUUAUUCGCCACCACAUGAAAUCAUUACAUGUCUUGCGUGGAUUUUAUGAAUGGUUCCUUCUUGUGAACUUCUGACUAUUAAAGAAUGUAUAAGUGAUCAUUGCUAACAGACUGAAGAAGUAUAUUCCUGUGAUAAUUUUAAUAUGCUCGAUUUGCCUG